ACAAAGACUUUACAUCACCAGAGAGCAAGACAUGGCAGUGCUAUCUUUAAUCAGAGACCUAUGGAACAAAAUUCUGCAUGGCUACGUCCAUCCAGACUUCCAUGCAGCCAUCACUAAGAUGUCGUUCAUUGAUGUCUUAGUUUUCCUUAUUGUACACUCCAUUGAUAGGUUGGGAAUAUGGCACCGUUUGCCUGUUAUUUUGGGGCUAGCAUAUCUGUCUCUCCGCCGCCACCUUCAUCAGGAGUACAACCUGUUCAACGUAGGUGAAACACCGGUCGGCGUCCGGUUUAACCCGACUGAUUAUCCGUACCGGACGGCUGAUGGAAAAUAUAACGAUCCUUUCAAUGAAGGUGCUGGAGGCCAGGGAAGUUUCUUUGGCAGGAACAUUCUUCCUGUUGAUCAGAAAGAUAAGCUAUUGAGGCCAGAUCCAAUGGUGAUUGCCACAAAACUUUUAGCAAGAAGAAAUUACAAAGAUACAGGAAAACAAUUCAACGUCAUAGCAGCUUCUUGGAUUCAGUUUAUGAUUCAUGAUUGGGUCAAUCACCUAGAGGAUACAAAUCAGAUUGAGCUGACUGCUCCAAAAGAAGUUGCGAAUGAGUGCCCCCUCAAGUCUUUCAGGUUCUAUCAAACAAAGGAAGUUCCAACUAAUUUCUAUGAAAUCAAAACUGGCUCAAAGAACAUUCGGACACCUUGGUGGGAUGGAAGCGCUAUCUAUGGAAGCAACAAAGAGAGAUCAACGCAAUUGAGAACUUUCAAAGAUGGUAAACUCAAGAUCUCAGAAGAUGGCCUUCUCCUGCACGACCAAGACGGAAUUCCUUUAUCGGGAGAUGUGAGUAACAUCUGGGCUGGACUCUCAGCACUUCAGGCUCUGUUUGUUAAGGAGCAUAACGCUGUUUGUGAUGCCCUCAAGAAAGAAUAUCCUCAUUUAGACGAUGAGGAUUUAUAUAGGCACGCGAGGUUAGUGACUUCAGCUGUGAUUGCGAAAGUCCAUACAAUAGAUUGGACAGUGGAGCUCCUCAAAACAGACACAUUACUUGCCGGCAUGCGCGGUAAUUGGUACGGAUUUCUUGGAAAGAAAUUCAAGGACACAUUUGGGCAUGUUGGAGGAUCCAUCUUGGGAGGCCUAGUAGGCCUUAAAAAGCCGAAUAAUCACGGUGUCCCUUAUUCAUUAACUGAAGAAUUUGUUAGCGUUUACAGAAUGCACGCACUUCUUCCUGAUGACCUGCAAGUUAGGGACAUUUCUGUCAAGUCAGAGCCUAACAAAUCUCCACCUUUGAUUAAAAGGAUUCCGAUGAAGAAUUUGAUUGGUCAAGAAGGUGAAAAGAACAUAUCACAAAUUGGGUUUACAAGGCUAUUUGUUUCAAUGGGACAUCAAGCUUGUGGAGCCUUAGAGCUUUGGAACUAUCCAUUAUGGCUCAGAGAUCUCAUACCUCAAGACCCAAAUGGCAGAGACAGGCCUGAUCAUGUGGAUCUGGCGGCUCUUGAAGUUUAUAGGGAUAGAGAGAGGAGUGUUGCUAGGUACAAUGAGUUCAGGAGAGCAUUACUGCUUAUACCCAUCAAGAAAUGGGAAGAUCUGACGGAUGAUGAUGAAGCAAUUAAGAUUCUCAAGGAUGUGUACGGUGAUGAUGUUGAAGAGCUUGAUAUUCUAGUGGGACUCAUGGCAGAGAAGAAGAUCAAAGGAUUUGCCAUUAGCGAAACUGCUUUUAUCAUAUUCCUAGUAAUGGCAUCCAGGAGGUUAGAAGCAGAUAGGUUCUUCACGAGCUAUUUCAACGAGGAGACGUACACAAAGAAAGGAUUUGAAUGGGUGAACAAAACUGAGAGCUUGAAAGAUGUAAUUGAUCGUCAUUAUCCCAAAAUGACAGAGAAAUGGAUGAAUAGUAGCAGUGCCUUCUCAGUUUGGGAUUCACCUCCAACUCCUCCCAAUCCCAUCCCUCUCUAUCUUCGCAUUCCCUCUUAG